UGAUUUCUCCAUUUUUUUUCAGCUUAUCCGGACAGGCCGCCCCAGAUUUCAGGCGUAAUGGAUAUUUAUUCAGUGGGAGACUAUGUCACCGGAAAUUGCACUUCCGGCAAAUCGAACCCGGCUCCCAGUCUGGCCUGGUUCAUUAACGGUUUCAAGGCGGACACUUGGCUCACAGACAAGUACCCAAUCCUGUCUCACGAGAACGGACGGUAUUCGAGGGCGUUGGGCCUGAGGUUUCUAGCCGAGAAAAAACACUUUAUAGGGCCCGGAUCUUCGAUAAGUCUGAAAUGUUCGUCCUCCGUCGCAGAUAUGCCCGCGUUGUCGGCCACUGUCGAGCCGAAGCUGGCUUCAGCCAGCGCCAACCAAAAGCUCGCCCAGGAAAGGCUGCACAAUCUAGGUAGUAGAAGCUCUUAUCUAAGCCGUUGGCUGCUUCCUCUCUGUCUGCUAGCCUGGAUGGGAGCGACGUGACCUCCGCAAUAGGCCCCAUGCGAACCGACUUUAUAAUCCUGCAUAUCAAAUAUACACAAAAAAUAUUUCCAGAAAAAAAGUUAUAAGGUGAAUACAACAAAAAAGAAGAUUGAAAUAAAUAAACGGAUUGGUGAAAAGAGUGUUUGUGAUAAAUGUGAGUUCGUUGGGGCGACAGUGAAGAUACUUUGCGUUGUGAAAUGUUUCAUAAAGCUAUAGAAUAAUUAUCCCCUUUUCUGAUUAUUAAAAAAUAUAUAUAUUUAAUUGAUAAUUGUAAACAAUUCAAACGCCAGGCUUCGGUGGCUGUGAAAUAACCGCUUACCAGAGACGCCAAUUAUUAGAUAUACGAGGAGAAUUUUUGAAUGAGAUGGACUCGUACAUGGUGCCAAAAGGUUUUCUUUCAGCGUAGAUCCUCUUUUACCGUGUAAACCGUCAAUUCUUUAAGAUAAAGGUCGGAUCUCGUUAGUAUAAAACGAACAGGGCAAAAAAUUACCGUUCAGCCAUUCAGCUCAACAUACAAAAUAUGUAGUAUGAGUGAUAUGAUAUAAAUCGCAGAAAAACAUUUAAAACAAACAAAUUUGCAAUGUAAAAUAAUUUAAAUAUAUUUAUUUUAUUUCCUUUUUAC